UAUACUAAUUCUCUUCUGUUUACUCUUUCAGGGCUCUAUAGUGGUCGGUAUUGAUUACGACUGCAGAGAAAGGAAAGUUUAUUGGACGGAUUUGGCUGGACGGACAAUCAAUCGAGCCAGUCUGGAGCCGGGAUCAGAACCUGAGAUUAUUAUCAACAUAGCUCUGACGAGUCCAGAAGGUCUUGCUAUAGAUGUCGCCCGUAGAAGACUGUUUUGGGUGGACAGCACAUCAGAUAAGAUUGAAACAACUAACCUUGAUGGAAGUGACAGGCGUGUUCUGUUUGACACAGACUUAGUAAAUCCCAGAGCCAUCAUCGUAGACUCCCCUACAGGAACACUCUACUGGACUGACUGGAACCGAGAAGCUCCUAAAAUCGAGAGCUCCUCUGUGGAUGGACAAAACCGAAGAGUCCUGGUACAGGAUGGCAUCGGACUGCCCAACGCUUUGACCUACGACUCCACCACACGCCAGGUCUGCUGGGCCGAUGCAGGAACCAAGCGCCUUGAGUGUAUAUCACCUAAUGGGACAGGGAGACGUGUGGUCCACAGUAACCUGAGCUACCCCUUCAGUAUGGUUGCCUUCGCCAAUCACUACUAUUACACAGACUGGAGGAGGGAUGGGGUCAUCGCUCUCAGUCGAGAUAACCAGUCAACAGAUGAGCACUUGCCUGAUCAGAGGUCUCAUUUGUAUGGUAUUACAGUCGCCCCUCCACACUGUUUAUAAGGGAGACGCUAAUGACAGAGCCAGCGUUACAUGGUGCUAUUUUGGGCGAGAGUUUGGAGAGCUUGUGCUGUGGGUAUCGCGACGGACACGUGGACUCCGAAGAGAGCCGAUCGCAGAACCCGCAAGUCUCGACGAACAUCACCGUCAAUGCCAAAGUGCAAAUUUACAAACAUGAAAGCGUGAAUUUUUUCUCAAAAUAGUUUUGUAAAUUUGUUUUAUACCUCAUUUCUUUCUACUGUACUUUUGUAUGUGAUUUUGUGUUAAAAAAAACUAACAAAUAAAAAAAAAAAAUACCCUAAGAGUUUAGUUGUGUAAUUUGAAUGUUUUUUAAUACACUAAAAUAGUACUUUGGGGAAAAAAGUACUACCCAAAGUGGUCUUUUACCAACCUUAAUUAUUUUUAUCUUUUGUAAGAUGUGAUAUUUAUAACAAUAAAAUGUGAUUGACAACUUUGUUAUGUCUGCUCGCAUUG